GGGGUGUUGGGGGUGACUGAGAAGAUAGAAUAUUAAUUAAUAAGAGAACGAUGUAACUUGUAGCCAAUAAAGGUCAAUGCCUUCAUUUGCUAAAAUGUUUAUAAACAGUGAAAAGUUUUGCAAGUCACUAUGCCGGCUUUGUGGAUUUGCCACCUGGACCCCUGUCUGCUCAGAACUGUAAAUAAACCACAUUUCUCAGCUCUGUGUGGGGAUCAGCCUUGUGCACAGAGGGUGAAAGAACCCCUUUUGGGACAACAUGGGGACGGGCAGCCCAGAGGAGCCCGGCACUGCCCACAGCCCGGGGCAGGCUCUGGCUAUGGCUGGUGGCCCAGUAGCCCCAGGGUGAUAUCCCCAUCGCCUGCAGGAGGAAACACAGAUGCUGCCUUUGAGUCAGAAACCAGAAAAAGGGGAACUGAAAGGGUGGGGUUGGCCGGCCCCGUCCUUCCUCCCUCCCUGCACGGCAGGCCCACCGUCCCUCCCGCUCCCGCCGCCACAGCCACCCCAACCCGAACCCGCCGGGGUGGGCGCGGGGCAGCGGCAGCACCAGAGCCCGGCUGGCCGGAGCGGCAGGAGGGCUGCAACCCCACGAGCACAGCACGGAGGAGGCCGGGGGGUGACAUGGCCAGUGUCCUCCUGGAGAGCAUCUUCCUGAAGCGCUCGCAGCAGAAAAAGAAAACUUCUCCCCUCAACUUCAAGAAGCGCCUGUUCCUGCUGACAGAGAGCAAGCUGUCCUACUACGAGUAUGACUUUGAGCGGGGGCGCCGGGGCAGUAAGAAGGGCUCUGUGGACAUUGAGAAGAUCACCUGCGUGGAGAUGGUGGCACCUGAGAACAACCCUCCCCCCGAGCGGCAGGUCCCGAGGAAAGGAGAGGAUUACAACAACAUGGAGCAGAUCUCAAUCAUCGAACGGUUCCCCUACCCCUUCCAGGUGGUCUAUGACGAAGGGCCCCUCUACAUCUUCUCCCCAACGGAGGAGCUCCGCAAGCGCUGGAUCCAUCAGCUGAAGAGCGUGAUUCGGUACAACAGCGACCUGGUUCAGAAGUAUCACCCCUGCUUCUGGAUCGAUGGCCAGUACCUGUGCUGCUCCCAGACUGCCAAGAAUGCCAUGGGCUGCCAAAUUCUGGAGAGCAGGAAUGGCAGUUUAAAAACUGGGCGGUCGCAUCGCAAGACAAAGAAGCCUCUUCCCCCAACUCCUGAGGAGGACCAGAUGGUGAUGAAGCCUCUGCCUCGCGAGCCGGCCCCCAGCACAGCGGGUGAGAUGAAGAAGGUGGUGGCCCUCUACAACUACCAGCCGAUGAACGCGCAGGACCUGCAGCUGCAGAAGGGCGAGGAGUACUUCAUCCUGGAGGAGAGCCACCUGCCCUGGUGGAAAGCCCGAGACAAGAAUGGGAGGGAAGGAUACAUCCCCAGCAACUACGUCACUGAAACCAGCAAUUCCCUGGAGAUCUUUGAGUGGUACUCAAAGAAUAUCACUCGGAGCCAAGCAGAGCAACUACUGAAACAGGAGGGUAAGGAAGGAGGCUUCAUCGUCCGAGACUCCACCAGCAAGACAGGGAAAUACACUGUCUCUGUCUAUGCCAAGUCCUCUGUAGACCCCCAGGGUACGAUCCGCCACUACGUCGUGUGCUGCACCCCCCAGAACCAGUAUUAUCUGGCAGAAAAGCACCUGUUCAACAGCAUCCCAGAGCUCAUCACAUACCACCAGCACAACUCUGCAGGGCUCAUAUCCAGACUGAAGUACCCCGUGUCCCAGCACCAGAAAAGUGCUCCUUCCACAGCUGGCCUUGGCUAUGGGUCAUGGGAGAUCGACCCCAAGGAUCUGACCUUCCUGAAGGAACUCGGCACGGGGCAGUUUGGAGUGGUGAAGUACGGGAAGUGGAGGGGCCAGUACGACGUCGCCAUCAAGAUGAUCAGGGAGGGCUCCAUGUCAGAGGAUGAGUUUAUAGACGAAGCCAAAGUCAUGAUGAACCUGUCUCAUGAGAAGCUGGUGCAGCUCUACGGGGUCUGCACUAAGCAGCGUCCCAUCUUCAUCAUCACGGAGUACAUGGCCAACGGCUGCCUCCUGAACUUCCUGAGGGAAACUCGGCAGCGGUUCCAGCCUGCAGAGCUGCUGGAGAUGUGCAAGGAUGUCUGUGAAGCUAUGGAGUACCUGGAAUCCAAGCAGUUCCUGCACCGAGACCUGGCUGCUCGAAACUGUUUGGUGAAUGACCAAGGAAUUGUGAAAGUAUCAGAUUUUGGUCUUUCCAGGUACGUUCUAGAUGACGAAUAUACAAGUUCCAUGGGGUCCAAGUUUCCAGUGCGGUGGUCUCCUCCUGAGGUGCUUCUGUACAGCAAGUUCAGCAGCAAGUCUGACGUCUGGUCCUUUGGAGUUCUGAUGUGGGAAGUUUACUCCCUGGGGAAGAUGCCUUACGAGAGGUUUAACAACAGCGAGACAACAGAGCACGUCAUCCAAGGCCUGCGUCUGUACCGGCCGCAGGCGGCCUCGGAGCGGGUCUACGCCAUCAUGUACAGCUGCUGGCACGAGAAGGCUGAGGAGCGCCCCACCUUCACCGCGCUGCUGGGCAGCAUCCUGGACAUCGCCGACGAGGAGUGCUGACCGUGGGCACCGCCCGCUGAGCCCUGCCCAGCGCUGGCACUGCCCGCCCGGACAGACCCGUGUGCCGGGCGGCACCGCGGCACCACUGUCAUGGACACGGCACAGGGGAGCCGGGGGCCAGGGGGAGCCCAUGGGUGCCCAUGGAACUCUACCAGUGUCCCAGAGCUCCAUCAGCGCCCCGGAGCUCCAUCACUGCCUUGGAGCUCCAUAACAUCCCUAGAACUCCAUCACCACCCUGGAAUUCCAUCACCGCCUUGGAACUCCCAUCACUGCCCUGGAGCUCCAUCACAUCCCUGGAGCUCCACCACAUCCCCGGAGCUCCAUCACUGCCCCAGAACUCCAUCACAUCCCCAGACCUCUGUGAAAUCCCUGGAGCUCCAUCACAUCUCCAGAACUCUACCACCGCCCUGGAGCUCAAUCACAUCCCCGGAGCUCCAUCGCACCCCCGGAGCCCCAUCCCACUCUCCCCCAGCUCAUGGACAAUAAA